AUGGGACCUGGCGUGCCGAACCCGACGUCUACUGCAUCGUUGGAAGGCUACUUCGACAACACCGUGCCGUCUUCUAAGGAUGCUCGAUGCGACCUUCCUACUGCCAAGCCGCGGUGGAUCGAGGACAGGGAGGACUUGAACAGGAAAUUCGACCUCCAAG